GUUAGGUCUCAGCACCCUGGGAGGGUGUGAAAUUGCCUUGCGCUAACCCAGGCAGCUAGGGAUUGCUUGCCCACUGUUUUGUUCCGAAGGAAAGGACACAGACCAUCUGGGCCAGUUCUCCAAAGUAUUUACUACGUAAGUUGGAUAAGCCAGUACUGCAGACUACGUUCCCAAUGCGACUUCCAAUGGUGACAACGGCCCUUAAAAUUGUUACUGACCUGGAAAUCUGUGUGGAACCAAUAGAGCUUUGAAGUAUAACUCAGGACGGAGGAUACCACUAGGAACAAACCUCACCAACCUGCAUGAUUAUGGAGAUGGUCUGUCUGAUGCUGAAAAUGUUUCUAGUUCUUUGACAACGGCUAAAUAACCAUGGGGUCAAGUGGACUUGGGAAAGCAGCAACAUUAGAUGAACUGCUGAGCACUUGCAUUGAGAUGUUUGAUGACAAUGGAGAGCUGAAUAAUAGUUAUUUGCCAAGAAUAGUUCUACUGAUGCACCGAUGGUAUUUAUCUUCCACUGAAUUGGCAGAAAAACUUCUCUGCAUGUAUCGAAAUGCCAGUGGAGAAAGCUGUGAUGAAUUUCGGUUAAAGAUCUGCUACUUCAUGAGGUACUGGAUUCUGAAAUUUCCUGCGGAGUUUAAUUUGGACCUUGGGUUGAUCCGUAUGACUGAAGAAUUCCGAGAAGUAGCUAGCCAACUAGGAUAUGAAAAACACAUCAGCCUCAUUGACAUUUCCAGCAUACCUUCCUAUGAUUGGAUGAGAAGAGUCACACAGAGGAAAAAAGUAUCCAAGAAGGGAAAAGCCUGUCUGCUGUUUGACCAUCUGGAGCCCAUUGAAUUGGCUGAGCACCUCACUUUUCUGGAGCAUAAAUCUUUUAGAAGGAUCUCAUUCACCGAUUACCAAAGCUAUGUCAUCCAUGGAUGCCUAGAGAAUAACCCAACCUUGGAGAGAUCUAUUGCUUUAUUUAAUGGAAUCUCUAAGUGGGUCCAGUUGAUGGUUCUUAGCAAACCAACCCCUCAGCAAAGGGCAGAAGUCAUCACGAAGUUUAUCAAUGUUGCCAAGAAGCUCCUUCAGCUCAAAAACUUUAACACCCUGAUGGCAGUGGUGGGGGGCCUCAGUCACAGUUCCAUUUCACGCCUCAAAGAGACCCACUCUCAUCUUUCUUCAGAAGUUACGAAGAACUGGAAUGAAAUGACAGAGCUGGUCUCCUCCAACGGCAAUUACUGCAAUUACCGCAAGGCCUUUGCCGACUGCGACGGCUUCAAAAUCCCCAUCCUUGGCGUGCACUUGAAAGACUUGAUAGCAGUCCAUGUCAUCUUCCCAGACUGGACGGAGGAGAACAAAGUGAACAUUGUGAAAAUGCACCAGCUCUCCGUCACCCUGAGUGAACUGGUCUCCCUGCAGAACGCCUCCCACCACCUAGAGCCCAACAUGGACUUGAUCAACCUGCUCACGCUUUCACUGGACCUCUAUCACACAGAAGACGAUAUUUAUAAGCUGUCACUGGUGCUGGAGCCUAGGAAUUCUAAAUCGCAGCCUACCUCCCCUACAACGCCCACCAAGCCCGUGGUGCCCCUGGAGUGGGCAUCGGCAGUGAUGCCAAAGCCAGACCCCACGGUCAUCAACAAGCACAUAAGGAAAUUAGUUGAGUCCGUGUUUAGAAACUAUGACCAUGACCACGAUGGGUACAUCUCCCAGGAGGACUUUGAAAGUAUAGCUGCCAAUUUUCCCUUCUUGGAUUCUUUCUGUGUGCUGGACAAAGAUCAGGAUGGCCUGAUUAGUAAAGAUGAAAUGAUGGCUUACUUCCUGAGAGCCAAGUCCCAACUACACUGUAAAAUGGGACCAGGAUUUGUCCAUAAUUUUCAGGAGGUGACCUAUCUCAAGCCAACCUUCUGCGAACACUGUGCAGGAUUUCUCUGGGGAAUAAUCAAGCAAGGAUACAAAUGCAAAGACUGUGGAGCCAAUUGUCACAAGCAGUGCAAAGACCUCCUGGUUCUGGCCUGCAGGAGGUUUGCCUGGGCCCCCUCCUUGGGCAAUGGGAACGGGUCGCUGCCUGGAAGCCCCUCCUUGCCUCCAGUGCAGGAUGAGGUGUUCGAGUUCCCUAGCGUUGCUGCUGGACACCGAGACCUGGACAGCAGAGCCAUCACACUGGUAACAGGCUCCUCUCGCAAGAUCUCCGUGAGGCUGCAGCGGGCCACCACCAGCCAGGCCACCCAGACCGAGCCUGUAUGGUCAGAGGCUGGCUGGGGGAACUCAGGGUCCCACACCUUCCCCAAAAUGAAAUCCAAGUUCCAUGACAAAGCAGCAAAGGACAAAGGCUUCGCCAAGUGGGAAAAUGAAAAGCCCAGGGUCCAAGCUGGCGUGGAUGUUGUGGACCGGGGCACUGAGUUUGAAUCUGACCAGGAUGAAGCAGACAUGGGUGAGACCAGACAGGAUGGUGAGGUCAGUGCUGGGUCAAACCGCGAAUAAAACCAGAAGAGAAGCUGACAGGGACUGAGAUGAGUGUUACAGUGCGUCCAGGAGGCAUUUUAAAAGCAGCUUUGAAAGCAGAAUGGUCGGGAAUCAAGACAUACCACUUUUUUAGUUUUGCCACUGGCUAGCGACAUGACCCUGGGCAAAAUGGUUUUUUCUCUUUGGACCUCAGUUUUAUCCAUCAUAAAAUUAAACUGGAUAAGUUCUAAAACUUAGUGAAGGUGGCCACGUUGGUGUACUGAAAUGAUGUCCCAAGGACCCAUGACCAUCGUGCGCCUUCAUUAUAUCAGUGUGCUAUACCGAUCUACUUUGUUUUCCAAGUUAGAAUCAGGAGGCAGUGGAAGCACAAGACUGGUAGAUAAAGGGGAGUUGGAAACUUUCCUCCCUAUUAAAAAAAGAGGCUUUGACAGCCUUGUGGAGAAGGGAGUGGUGAGAAUCAGAGACAUGGGGACCUCAAGGUUCUAUACGCCAGGCUCUGCCUCCACACAAAAAUUCCACUCAAAUCGUCCAAAGCAAAUUGGGAAGCAUAUGGAAUUUGUUAGAAUAAGCGGAAAAUAUAAAUUGAUUCAAGAUGGACUUAGAUGCAUUUAUUAGUCAACAGUUCAUAGUGUAUUAAGGAAAAAGAUUUGGGGAGAUUGGUGUCAUAUUCCCGACCUUCAAAGCAAUGUCAUGGAGGGCAGCCAUUGUCUCCCUGCUGAAUCAGUCUCAUAAACAAAUAUUGGGUUAGGCAGAGAUCCUAUUGGAUCAGGCCAGUGCCCUUUAUUCUUGUGGGUGGUCCUCUGCAUUCCACACUCUUCAGGAGACCUAAAUGCUCAGUCUCCAUAGUUUCCCAUGAUGAGAAAAACUCCAAUGACCUUUAACUGAAAUUCCUCUAGUUCUUUUGUCAUUGAAAACAAUUAAUAAGGAGGCCACACAUUAUCUUCGGUCAUAUGAGGUUUAUUGCAAGUUCCUCCUGGGCCACUUUUCCCCUUUCUUAUAACACCAACUUUUAAAACACAACUUCAUCCAUAUAUAAUUUAUAUACUAGCAAAUUUACCCCUUUAAAAUGUAUCAUUCAAUGGUUUUUAGUAUAUUCACAUUGUUGCACAACCAUGACUAUGACCUCACUUUAAAACAUUAUAUCAUUCCAAAAAAAACACGCCCUGUGCCCACCGGAAGUCACUUUUCAUUUCCCCCACCUACCCUAGCUCUAGGCAACCGACUAAUCUAUUUCCUGUACCUAUAGAUUUACAAUACCAACUUUAUUUUUAAUGUUCCUCCUACUGAUCAUCUAGGCAAAUAUCUUAGUGCUAUCCGCCACAUUUUUUAAUGGUCUAACAUAGUUCAAGCUGGGAAUAUAAAGAUGAAUAAGAAAAUUUCAUGAUUUGGUGACAAAGGAAGAUAUCCUAGGGCGAGGGAUCUUAACUUGGGGCCUAAAGAAGGGCUUCAGGGAGCUCAUGAAAGUACAUCCCCUUUUCUGUAAAAUUAUUUAUGGACAUAUAUACUCAUUUUGGGAGGAGACUGUCUUAAGGGGGUUAGCAAACCAAAAAUAGUGAGGAAUCACUGUGUUAGAUUUUUUUGUCCAAUGCCUGAAAUUGCGCUAGUCACCCCAAAUACCAGCUCAGCCUGCGGAGGUGAUUUCUAUGAGCAACGUGGCUGUCACUGAAAUCUCGGAAAAAGAGCUUCUAUGGGCAGAGUAACAGGAUGUCCAACGAGAGCUGUCAGAUGGUGCAUACCUCAUGCACCAUCUUUGAAUUUGGAUGAGUACCUGUGCAUGUUGAACAAAUAGUGAAACUAGCCAUGAGCUCACUUCUGUUGACCAGCACUGUUCAAGUUACUUAAACCUCGCCCCCAAGUUAGGAGAAAUUCACAGGCUAUUAGUGUAGGAUAAUCGUUUCCAUGGGUAAGAGUUCCUGAUCUUAAAUCUCUAUACAGAAAUAAA